UUAAAAAUGUCGAAUAAACUCCCGGUGGUUACGAUCCAGUGCGACUGGAACGAUGUAAUUAGGAUGCCCAAAGGAGAAGCUUGGAUAUCCGCUAAAUAUUUAAAUGAGAAUAGUAUUCACGAUAAACUUACUACUUCGAUUAACGCAUCGGACGGCAAAAUUAAGAUAAACUUCUCGAGCAACUAUCAAUACGUAUCCCAUUCAAACCUGAGCCUCGUAGUGAAGCACGUAGGCUCUAAUUUGAAGGUGGCAUUUGUGGCCCCUACUAAAGUUUAUAAAGUGCAUACUAAGGCUGUUCUCUCUGUAGACACAGCUGAGAAUGCACUGGCUGUGUCUUCUUGUGAACAGGACAAGUUGCUUGUUUGGGACAGCAGAACGGGUGAAGUUGUUCUAGAUCUAAAAGGCCAUGGAGGUCCAGUAUAUAAGUGCCGAUUCUUUCCAUCAGGCAUUGUGGUACUUUCAGCUGGAGCAGAUGGCUCUUGUCGCAUUUGGUCGGCUGAGACAGGCAUCAACCCAGUUACGUUAAAAGGACAUAAAAUGUCUGUUGCAGAUGUUACUAUUAUUGACAGAGGGAGGAAUAUUGUUUCUGUUAGCAAGGAUGGUUCAGCCAAAUUAUGGGACGUAGGUGAAUCAAAUUGUCUUGAUAAUAUACUGGAAGGGUAUGGACCAAUCAACUGUUGCACAUUGACUACAACCAAUGAUGAAGUCACAGUUGAAAACGAAAGAGAAGUUGGCACGGGCAAUAAACUACUAGUGGUAGGCUGUGAAAAUGGCUUGGUGAUUUGUGCUCAUAUUGGUAAAAGAGAAGAGAUCUUUAACAAACAACUGGAGACACCUUGUAAUGCUUGCAUUUUUGUGAAUAAUGCUGUUAUUGUAGGUUGCAGUGACGGACAGAUCAUACAAUUGAACCUUCAAAAUGGUUCCCUGAUAAAAAAAUGGACUGAGUCUGCUAGUCCAGUACUCAGUAUGAAAGAGCUACCAAAUCAGAUGUUUGCUGUAGGCAGACAGGAUGGUACCUGUACUAUUUUCUCACUACUUGAAGCCCACAGUAGAAUUAGAGUUCAGCUUACAGGUCCUGACUGCGACGGCAUUAGAGACAUAGCCUUUAAUGGUAAAUGGAUACUUACAGGAUCCAGAGAUUCAAAUGUGCGGAAAUAUGACUUCAAUCAAGUUAUUGUUCACUAUAAGGGAUCAUAAUAAUGAUUAAAAUUCUUUGUGAUUUAACAAUUAAGGUAUACUUGGUAUGGAUUAGUCCCAUAAAAUAUACACAUGUAUUUUAAGGAAAAUUUUAAUUAAACCUUUGUUUUUUAGACAAAAACACAAAAA